CAGAGCUGAGCUUUCGAUUGGAACAGAGCUUUUGAAUGGAUGUGGUGAGGUGUCGGACAGGGUUGUCUGGAUUGGUUCUGGCCUAAGGCAGUAGGAGGAGACUUUCACAAUGAAUGGGAGUGCUGGGAACACAUGUUAACUGAAGUUAUCUGGCUGUGCAGGGAGGGGAAGCAGAGAGAGGAAAGGAACACAACAACAGGGACGUUCAGAGGAGUCUUGUGAGGCCUGUGGGUCUCCUAGAGGAAAACAACCAACAUGUACGUGUUCGUGAGAGUCUCACCUUUACACAGAGGGGUGACAGGCUCUGCUGUCUCUCAAGUUGGACCAGAUAUCUUGGCUGAACUUCCUCAAUGAUCAUUGCACAUGUAGACAUGUUAGCUCAGUGAACAAACACAAUCCUUUAACCCAAUUCAUCAAUGUUUUCAAGAACAUUGAGGACCUCAAGAUGUAACUAUACUUAUGGACAGACUGGCAUGAGGCAUCUAAGACCAUCAUCCCAGAAACACUGAGCACCAAUGGCAGAGGAGCACAGUAACAGGAGUACAGUUCACAUGUGACGUCAUAUCAGGCAGUAAUCACGGACUUCUUAUCAUACCAGUCACCGUCAGCCGUACCCAGUAGUACACUCCAUACCCUCUCACCCAUCUGGAAGCCCUGACAUAGCCUGGGCAGUGGGUAGACUCAUCACCCAGGAAACAAUUGGACACUCCGCACUUCAGAGAUGACCGGUACCCAGCUUCUAAACUACCCUGCCACAGACUUUCGCUUCAGGUCUCCCAACUCCCACUCUAUUCAGCUCCAUUCAGUUGCCAUGACAUCCCCAAUCCCCCCUCUUUCCCGGGCCGCCACGGUCACCUCGCCGCAGCUCCCUCUGGCCCUGUGGCCCCCGCUGGACUUUGCCUUGGGUGCGUUGUCGUGCUGCGGGGCCUGUGUGUUCACUAACCCCCUGGAGGUGGUGAAGACGCGACUGCAGCUGCAGGGAGAGCUGCGGGCGCGGGGGACCUACCAGCGGCACUACCGCGGGGUGGUCCAGGCCCUAUGGGUGGUGGGUAGGACAGACGGGCUCCGCGGGCUGCAGAAGGGGCUCUCGGCUGGGCUGUUGUACCAGGGUUUGAUGAACGGUGUGAGGCUGGGCUUCUACUCCUACUGUGAUGCCGUGGGGGUCACUGCAGCCCCAGGAGGGAGUCUGAUGUCAGGAGCCAUCGCCGGGGCUCUGGGGGCCAUCAUCGCCUCUCCUGCCUAUCUGGUGAAGACACAUCUGCAGGCCCAGACAGUUGAGGCCAUCGCAGUGGGUCACCAGCACAACCAUCAGGGGGUGAUGAGUGCCUUCGCCAAUAUCUACUGGCGGGAGGGCGUGGCGGGGCUGUGGAGGGGUGUGAACGGGGCUGUGCCUCGAGUCAUGGUGGGAUCUGCCACCCAACUGGCCACCUUCAGCUCCACCAAAGAAUGGGUGGCACGCCUGCAGUGGUACAGUCCAAAUAGCUGGCUGGUUGCCUUGACAGCUGCCUGUAUCAGUGGAGUCGCAGUGACAAUCACCAUGACCCCGUUUGAUGUCAUCAGCACCCGCCUCUACAACCAGCCAGUGGAUGAGCAUCAUAGUGGUCGGCUGUACCAGGGCUUCUCAGACUGUCUGGUGAAGGUGUGUCGGACCGAAGGUCUGCUAGGGCUUUAUAAAGGCAUGGGCCCUGUAUUCUUCCGCCUGUGCCCUCACACCAUUCUCAGCAUGCUCUUCUGGGACCUGAUGAGACAGAGAGCCUUCCAGGAUGUCCAGAACCAGAGCUGAAGAGAAGAGGAUAUUCAGCCAAUCCUGGAUGACAAUGGAAGUUGAAUUUAAAAAAUAAUGAUUAAUUACUAAACCCAACAGGUUUCGGUCUGUUGCCUUCGUUAGAGCCAGAUCUGAGACAGAGGGCCUCAUACUGUACAUGGACAGAGUUGAGGUUUAAUAAUUGACAGGUCCAUUGGUGGAGAGAAGGAGAGACAUUGAGGAGUAGACACUCUUGUACUCACUCAGACAGGAAGGAUACAUAAUGGCUUGACAUACAUCACUUAACUUGGCUUAAACAACUUGAUCCAUCUCCGGUUUAUUUUACUGACACUGCAAGUUGCUGGACAGUGAUGUUGAAGGAGGAUAUGGAAGAUGAGGCUCACUCCAUGCCUAAGCCUUAAAGGGGCAAUCUGCAGUUGCUAUAUACAUUUCUGGACUUAUACAUAAAUUAUACGUAUCCAUUGAUUCUUAAAGAAUAUAACUUAGAAUUUCUUCAUGAGCUUAGUUCAAAUGGAAUACUCCAUCAGAACCCAAAAUAUAAGCUUGUUUUACUCCAGUGUUUGUAAACAAAAUGUAAAUGUAAAUAAACACUAUAUAUCCUCAACAUGGUUACAACUAUAAUUUUGAUAUGAUGGAUGGUCAGUCCUUGCAUCCAUAGUUCUGUCUAUGAAUUUAAGAGUGGGUUCAUUUCUCCAGCCACAUCCUUCAACUUUGACCAAAACAGGAAUCGGGAGGUCUCUUUCAUUUUUUUAUGGAUUCAACUGCUGAUUGCCACUUUAAGGUCAAAAGUCAAACUGUGCACAAGAAGGCCCAUUAUUAAUGAAGCAAGAUGAAGGUUGGUCAGAUCAACAAUUCUGUGUAAUUUGUGCCUUUUAUUCUAGGUUAGUGACCUGGAUAAUUUUCAGGCAACAGUUUUACUGAUAUGUUUGUCGUUUCCAUGUAAUGUGUGAAAAUAAAAAUGCUUUGACUUGUGCAUGUCUGAAGAUGAGAAAAAUGUAAGAUCAUUUGAACUAACUGAAGUAUAUGUAUAAUUGUUAUAUUGAGUUGCUAUUAAUAAAGACCAUUCUACUUUAAAA